GGCUCCGGUGGAACUAGCAAAGAAGGAACUGGAGGGAGCAAUGGAGUGAGCUCAGGUGGAUCAACUAAUGACAAGAGCAGUAAACUGCCAAUAAUAAUCGGUGUGGUAUCUGCGGCAGCAUUUGUUCUUGGUGCAUAUGUGUUCAUCGCUAUAAUCUUAGCGAAUCGUCGCAAAGCUAAGCUGCAAGCCUUGGCUAUGCCUACGUCUACAGGGACUGGACUGUCAACUCUGAUAGGACAACAGAUGGGCAACGACACAAACCAGCUUACAAAUGAAGCGCAGACAUGGGAGAGAUCGACGAUCUGAUUGGAGUGAUUAGUGAACCAAUCUUAUGUAGCGCAACGACAUUGAACAUCAUGUGAAAUAAAUGUUUUUACCUUGAAUUGUAUAUGUUUCCAAUAAUUGAUUUUUUCGUGUAGGAUUUUGAUUCUUCUGAUCCUGAUUGGUCAUGUAUCCGCACUUAUUGUGUUAACCUAAGUUAUUCUCCACUAGUAAAAAGUCAUGAACAUAA